AUGCUUCAGUCCCUGCUCCGUCAAUCGCGGACAGCGCGUGUACCGCUCCAGAAUGGCCAGAUUGCCUUGCAAAGAGUGUCGGUGAUACGACAGUCCAAACCAUCGAUUUCCCGCGUCUUGACCAGUUUUAUCAUUAGUUAUUGUGUGAUUUCCACGGCCAGCCAUCUUUUCCCCAAGAAGCAGGAUGUAAAACCCGCACAGGCCGACUCGGAGCAGGCGCGGUCCCGGGUUGAAGGGUUGUCGAAAGUCUCUGGACCGCAGCAGAAUGGCCUCUCGAAGUCCCUGUCCGGCUCCGACUUCCCACCGGACGAAAUCAGCAUACCACUUCUUCUAUAUAUCCGUCAGCGACGGGGACCACCCUACCGACCGGACGACCCUGAAUGGAAGACAUUCCAACGAUUACAACAGGACAAGAAACUCCUGCAUGACAUAAAGGUGCAGGUUGCCCAACAGACCGAGAAGCAAGCGAGGAAACAAGAACAAUUGGCCCAGUUCUUCCAGGUCCUCAGGCCGGGACACAUGCGGGUGAAUCUGGAACUUGUUGUCCCUCUCAACCGGCCGCCAGUCUACGAGGUACCGUAUGUUGUGAUCAAGCCCGGCGGCGAAGCUGUGCUCGUGUGGCGAUGCCUGCCCGACAGUUUCGGCAGCAGACUGGACCGCGCAUUUCAUCCCAUCAUUCUCUCGAAAGCCUUCUAUCACGGCCUGAAAGAGUUCUGGACCGUGUCAUACCGAAUCACCAAAGCUCGGCUGCAGGAUCGCUUCAAUCCCACCGGCAAUUCCAACGGUAAUCUGGGCGGCAGCGCGAGUAAGCUGAGCCCGCUGUACAUGGCACGUCCACGGGCGAGACCCGCCACUGAAGAGGAAAAGGAAGAGAACAAGCUCCCCAUACGAAGGGCCUCGGAAAGUGAGAUGAAGAAAAUGUUACCAUUCUUACGCGGCGAGUAUGGAGAACAUGCUUCAAGGCAGGGCUACCGUGACGCCGUCCGGUCAAUGACAUACCAAGCAGCCAUUGACUCGGCUUGUGCGGUGUUCCGGUUACAUUGGGCCAUGGGCCAGUCCAAAGCCGCACAUACGGAUGCUCGCGACCCAUGCCACAUCAUAGGGUACAUUGAGUUUGUGGGGGACCGCGGCAAGUUGCGCCUCGACGUCUUUGCCGUCUACUCCCCCAAGGCCAAGAGUCUGAUCGGCCAACCUGCAAUCACCAAAGCUUACGGUAUCCCCGAUGCUACGAAAUGGUAUGAACCACUGAGACGACGCAGACCAACAUCUGGCUUUCUCUUGCCCGAGCAAACGAAGAAGACUCCUGCAUUGAAAGAGCAACCACAAUCCACAGAAGACUCAACGACCGAUGCUUCUGAUGAGAAGGAACGUAGAGAGGUUGGCGCGAGGGAGGAAGAGGGAGAUGGAGAAAAGUGA